CUAAAAUUUCAAUUUCAUUAAGAAAGCAUAGAAAUAGUUUAUUAUUUACAUAAAUUUCCCUUUUAUCAAUUAAGUAUAAUGGAUAAGCACAAUAGUUCAGAGUUACUGAAUUCAGAUUUCUCUUUAUCUAAAAAUGCAAGCUCUGAUUCCUUGGAUUCGGAUUCCAAAUCUAGUUCAUUGAAUUCUAAACACGGACAGGACUCCUCGCAGCUACUAGGAGAUAUUCAGUUGCUGGAUGGUGAGAAGGUGAUGGGUGUAGCAAGAGAUGUGACAUACUUGUGCCCCUACAGUGGCCCCUCACGAGGGGUACUUAAAGUCACAAACUAUCAAUUACACUUCCGUCCAACUGAAGCCACAUCUCUACAGACAACUUUGAGUGUACCACUGGGUGUUGUAUCCCGCAUAGAAAAAGUAGGUGGUGCGUCAUCCAAAGGUGAAAAUUCAUAUGGCAUUGAAGUAUUUUGUAAGGAUAUGCGCAAUUUACGUUUUGCACACAAACAAGAGAACCAUUCACGUCGUGGUAUAUUUGAGAAGUUACAACAAUUAGCAUUCCCACUGUCACAUAGAUUGCCGCUGUUUGCGUUCAGCUACUCAGAAAGCUUCCCAGAAGAUGGUUGGCAUGUAUUUGAACCAAUAGCAGAGUUGAGGAGAAUGGGUGUUAACAAUGACAUGUGGCGUAUAACUCGCAUUAACGAUAAAUAUGAGAUAUGUGACAGCUACCCCUCAAUAUGGGCAGUACCGGCUGCUGCUAAUGAUGACCUGUUACGAUCAGUAGCGGCGUUCAGGUCUCGGGGACGUAUACCAGUGCUCGCAUGGAUACAUCCCAGCUCGCAGGCAACUAUAACUAGAUGCAGCCAACCUUUAGUUGGGGUGAGUGGUAAACGUAGUCGUGAAGAUGAACGUUACAUACAAUUGAUAAUGGACGCCAAUGCUCAAGCGCAUAAGUUGUUUAUAAUGGAUGCGAGACCUAGUGCUAACGCAAUCGCCAAUAAAGCGAAAGGAGGCGGUUAUGAAUCAGAAGAUGCGUAUCAAAAUGCUGAACUCGUGUUUUUGGAUAUACACAACAUUCAUGUAAUGAGAGAAAGUCUUCGUAAACUAAAAGAACUUUGUUUUCCACAAAUAGAUCAAACUAGGUGGUUCAGUGGCAUCGAAGCAAGUUGUUGGCUGAAACAUAUUAAAUGUAUAUUAGCAGGUGCUGUUCGCAUUGUUGAUAAGGUAGAAAACCACAAGACAUCAGUGCUGGUGCACUGCUCUGAUGGCUGGGACCGCACGGCGCAGCUGACAGCGCUGGCUAUGCUCAUGCUGGACCCCUACUACCGCACCCUGCGCGGCUUCCAGGUCCUCAUCGAGAAGGAGUGGCUCGCAUUCGGUCAUAAGUUCCAACUGCGUAUAGGUCAUGGCGACGAGCGUCACUCGGACGCGGACAGGUCGCCUGUGUUCGUGCAGUGGGUGGACUGCGUGUGGCAGCUGCAGCAGCAGUUCCCCACAGCAUUCGAGUUCACAGAGCGUCUGCUCAUCACCAUCGUUGAUCACCUCUACUCCUGCAGAUUCGGCACUUUCCUAUUCAAUACUGAACGGGAACGAGUUAAAGAAGAGGUGAAGAACAAGACGGUCUCGCUGUGGUCAUACAUCAACAGCCGACAGGAUUUGUAUCUCAACCCCCUGUACUGGGGUCCGAGCAGUGGUGUGGGUGCGCAGGCGCAGUACUCUCGACCUCAAAUCGUAUUAGUCCCUGUCGCAUCACUACGUAUCAUCAAGUUGUGGAAAGCCUUGUAUUGCAGAUGGAACCCUACGAUGAGGCAACAAGAUCCGAUUUACCAACGUACUCGCGAGCUGGUGGCACUGCGAGCUCAGCUGGAGGCUGCUGCAGCGGCUGCGGCCGGCGACCACGCUGCAAGACAUCGCCUCGCCCUCACACCGCCGCGUGUAGCUAGCCCACAUCAUGUCUGAACACAACUGUAUCCUGAUAAACUUCAAGUUAAUUAUUUCAAGUGAACACUUCCUAAACAUAACACUACUCUACAAUUUUUUUUAUUGCCCUAGAUUAAAACUACAUUCAUGGAAUGGCUUGAAUUAAUUCUAGUUUCAGUAUUUGCAUUUUUAUAUUUCUAAUUUUAAUUCAAAUAUG